UGUUCUCUAUAAUAGGCUGCUCUGCAAAAUGAACCACUUGAGCAUAAGUUGGUUGUGUGUACUACUGCUGACUGUAGUGGUUUUCCCAAGUGAAACAGCUGCUGAACCUCAACAGCGGUGGUUAGGGCAGCCUGCAGCUGAUGUCACUAACGCGGAUAUUCGAGACUCCAUGAUCGGAUUGCACACGGCUCUCACUGAGUUGAAGGAGAAGUUUGAGAAGCACGAUGUGCGAGAAAAGACAACUGCGAAUUCCCUGUUGAACUCUGUUCGCCGCAUUGCUUCAGCCACCAAGACCAUGGAAACAGUGGCUGUCAACUUGGGGAGAAUGGACGUCAGACUGGCCAACUUGGAG